AUGCACGGCGUCUUAUUACAAUACGGCGCAGCGGCGGCAGCGCGGUCACCGUUGCCGCAGCAGCAGCGGCCCCGACAGCAGCAGUCGCGCAUCCGCCGUGUCAUUGCGUCUCCAUUAGCGCUCCUCCUGUCGGCCCUGCUGCCUCAGCUUCUGCUGUCGCCUGUUCCUUCACACGCAUCGCUGCUGCAGCAGCCGGGAGAGGAAUUGUUGGGAGAGCAGGGCGCGUCGCGCGCGAUGGAGCGCGCCCUUCAGGUGGCUUCUUUUUGCCCUACUCCCAUACGAGGCUGCAAGCGCUUCUUCAACACCACCAAACCAAUCUUUUGCGAAAACCUUGCCUGGAGCUUUACGAUGACGCUUGAAGACAUCCUGAGGUACAACCCGGGAAUCUAUUGCCAGCAGCGAAUUCCUGCGGGGUGCACCGUCUGCAUCGGCAUCGUGGCCUUGUUUCCCCCGCCGCCGCCACCGCCGCCGCCGCCGCCACCCAGCCCCAGCCCUCCGCCUUCGCCACCAUCGCCUCGCCCGCCGCGGCCGCCGCCGCCAUCACCACCACCGUCGCCUCGCCCGCCGCGGCCGCCGCCACCACCGCCACAAAAACCACCAUCACCAACUCCAAGACCGCCGCCAAGGCCACGCCGACCGCCACCAUCACCGCCGCCACCAUCACUGCCGCCGCCACCACCGCCGCCACCGCCGCCGCCACCGCCACCACGGCCUCGGUCGCCGCCGCCACCCAAGAGGUCUCCGCCAUCCCCACGUCCCCCCUCACCACCGCCGCGGCCGCCACCGCCACAGCCGCCGCUGCCGCCACCGCUACCGCCGAAAAAGCGGCCACCACCACCACCACCACGUCCACCAUCGCCCCCACCGCGGCCGCCGCCAUCACCGCUCCCGCCGCCUCCACCGCCCCCACCGCCGCCGCCGCCCCCACCGCGACCUCCGCCGCCACCUUCACCUAAGCCGCCUUCCCCACGGCCACCUUCGCCUAAGCCGCCCUCCCCUCGGCCUCCAUCUCCGCGACCGCCAUCUCCUCGUCCACCUUCACCACCACCGCCACGGCCGCCACCGUCACCGCCACCACCGAAACAGAGAUCACCACCGCCGCGGCCACCACCACCGCCACCAUUACAGCCACCACCACCACCACCGCCACCACCACCACCACCGCCGCCACCGCCACCACCACCACCGCCGCCGCCGCCGCCGCCACCGCCACCACCGCCGCCACCGCCACCACAACCUCGCCGGCGAAUUUCCAAGCCGCCUCCCCCAAAACCACCAUCUCCCAACCCCCCUCCCUCUACCCUCCCAAGAAGUAAUGCCGUCAUGAAGCCGCCGCCUCCUAAGACUACCUUUAGACGGCAGAUGUCCCAAAACGAAACAUUCCCCCCAGCUCCCCUAACCCUUUCAACGACUACCAAUAAUCCAAGCGACCCGUCCAGCCCAUGGUACGUGGAUGUACAGGCCACGCUAGCCCGCCAUAACCAGUAUCGAUCAUGGCACCAGGCGCCGGCCCUGGCCUGGAGCUCAAGGCUACAGUCGGCUGCCCAAGAGUGGGCGGAUAACUGCCAGUUCAAGCACAGCGGGUCAUUGUACGGCGAAAAUCUGGCGUUCGGCCAAGAGAACAUUAUCGCCACCAUCGAUGGGUGGUAUGCUGAGUCCGGAGAGUACGACUUCAACAACCCGGGAUUCUCUUCAGCCACGGGCCAGUUCACUCAGCUCGUGUGGGCGCGGACCACCCUUGUGGGCUGCGCCAUCGGUGUGUGCCCCAACGGGGUGUCGUACCUGGGCGGCCAGUGGUUCGGCAAGCUGUACGUCUGUAUGUAUUGGCUGCCAGGGAAUUAUGCCGACCAGUUCACCCACAACGUACUGCCCAAGGUCGAGGGACGCCGACCGUGGAUGGGUGUCACGCAGCAGGAGGACGGACGAGGGGCUAUACGAAGCUGA